GUUACCUUGUCUUGCUCCAAAAGACCAAUCCACCUCUCUUGGUGGUACUGGUUGAUUUGUCUCGUUGCUCGACGUACCAUCUCCAUACCGGCCAACGUGUUCUCAACCUCAAGUGCUACUACGGACAAAUCCCCAUUGCGGUACCACUUUGAUGCGAGUGCUUCACAACGCACCGGAACCAACUGAGCACCAUGAUCGAAACACGACACACCCAUCCGGAUGACGACCGACCCCACGUUGGCAUGUUGGUCAACGAGGCGGUUUCUCGACUAGCACCUUUCUCUGCGCUUAUCCUUACCAUCAUACUCGUCGUCGCGUUCCUCGUACGCUACUACGUGUUCGAGUUAUUUGCGAUACCGAGAUGUUACGGCGCAACGUAUUCGAACCUCAGUGAGGUCAAUCGACGCGGGUUUGUCAACCACCACAUCGCCGGUCUCGCGAAAAUCCUCAUGCUCGUCGUUGCUGCUCAUCCGUUCCUCGGCAUCGCCUUUGGGUCGGCUACGGUUCACACUCUGUUUCUGGGGGCUAAGGUUGUGACGUAUGGCGAUGUUCUCAUCGUUGUCAACCAACUCUUCAUUGCCAUGUACAUUUUUGAGCUUCUGUUCCGUGCGAAGCUUUCUCCGAUCGCGGUGCUCCACCACAUCGGCGCCGUGGUCAUAGCGCAGAGCGCCGUCGCCAUAAGUCUGAACUGGGAGCAUGAGCGCGACGCCACUAUCGAGUUCAUCCUGUGCUUCGUAUGGGGUGCCUUUGACAUCGUCGCGGAAUUCUGGCCACAUGUCGCCAUCAUCCUGUAUCGUGUGUAUCCGACACGGCAUGAUUUCCUUGCAAAGGUGUUCUGCUUCAGCUGCAUCAGCACGUUCGCCGGUACCGUUAUCGAGACUAUCACUGUCAUGUGGCUGUUUGGCUCGCUGUGGGACCGCUGGACGCUUCCGUUUAAGAUCGUCACCCCACUUCUGCACGCGAUCUUCAGCGCUGCUCAGCUCUUUGGGGCGAGAAAUUUUCGCAGUAUGUGGCUGCACCAGAAGAGGUUACGGGAUGAGCAACGGCAGACUGAAGGAAUUGCGGCCGGUGUUUUGAUAGAGGAUCACAUCGGUGGUAGAAGCGACACUACAGGGCAGAAAGAGAUGCAUGUUGAGGUCUCCGCCAACAUUCGUGGACAAGAACUCGUUUGAAGCGGUAGUCUCUCGCGUUGGUCGCAUCCUAACUCGC